CGCAGGGCGAUAUGAGGAGCAGAAGCAGAAGCAGGGCCGACAGCUUGGCCUCCAGCACCAAGAGCCUGGGAGAUAUACCAGCUCCGGCGGCAGAUGAUGGCCAGUCGGUGAAGGCACAGCUGGAGAGCCUGACGUUUUUCACAUCGCCGUUCAAAGUGUCCUACUACUCGACGCUGUACCUGCAGCAGCGGCUGCGCAACACUGCCGGGUACAUUGUGCAGUACCCACGUACGCUGGCUUACUCGAUAGCCCUGGGGAGCAUCUACACUGCGCUGCACUUUAUAGGCGGUCCGCAUGUUGAGGUGUUUCAGCGGAUCGACGGCUGGGUAGCGUGGCAUUCGUACUGGGUGAUGCUGGGGGUUUUGUCGUCAAUCGGACUGGGCGCCGGGCUGCACACCUUUGUGCUGUUCCUCGGGCCACACAUUGCGCGAGUGACGCUGACAGCGUACGAGUGCGGGAACACCAGCUUUGCUGUCAAUGGACCCGUGGCGUUCCAGUGUUCUCCGCAGGCGGCAGUAGCAUCGGUCACCUUUACGCGCAUCCUGAGCAAAGUCAUCUCAGAGAGCCUUUGCUGGGGAGCAGGCACGGCUAUUGGCGAGCUCCCGCCGUACUUCAUUGCGCGUGCGGCAUCUGCGGCUGGCCAGGGAGACGGCGAGUACGAGCGGCUGAAGCGUCUGGCGGCUACGGGUGCCUCGUUGCCGCUGAAGGACCGGGCACUGCUGAGCAUCUACGAGCUGUUGCGGCGGUUCGGGUUCUCGGGCAUCCUGCUGUUUGCAGCGAUCCCAAACCCGCUGUUUGACCUGGCUGGCAUCACAUGCGGGCACUUCCAGGUACCGUUCUGGACCUUCUUUGGCGCGACGUUCCUGGGCAAGUCGUUUGUAAAAUCCACCAUCCAGACCACAGUGGUGAUUACCGCGUUCAGCAAAGAGAUGAUCGCGAUGGUGCUGGCGUUCCUACGCAACGUGAGCCCCUGGGCGCAUGAUCUAGCCGAGCACGUGCUGCACCAGCAGGCAGUGGCAUUUGGCAGCGGCCAUGGGGCUGGCAAGAGCAAUGGUGAGGGCGAUGGCGGGGACUCGUCGGUGUCGCUGAUCGGGUCGGUGUGGAACACGUGCGUGGCCAUCAUGCUGAUUUACUUUGUGGUCAGCACCCUCGAGACGUUUGCGCAGUCGCACCUGGCCGAGGUCAAGAGCUGGGGCCAGAACCAGCUGGCACGCGUGGGUAGUCGCCAAAAGCAUGUCACUGUGGACGACGACAGCGAGUGAAGCCAGGGCUCGGUUAAAUGUGCCAGCUGGGCUGGAUCUAUAUAGUGCUCUUUGAAUGCCCUGUCCUGGAGUUUAAUCAAUGGGCAUGUCUGGUGCGUAUUUGUACUACUCUCGCUGCUAUAGACAUAUGCAGCCCAUGGAAUUAUGUAUCAAUACCUUGAACGGAAUGCAGCAGAGAGGGCUGGGAGAACAGUCGAUGUGGGUAGGCGCAGAACAGUAAAUGCGAGGGCAUAUGGCGCUGAUAUCAUAGUAUACCUGUCGGCAAGAUUUCACUAUACAGCCGCUGGAGGCCAUUCCCAAUUAUCGUCUAGGCAUGUCGGUUUAAAUGGGCCUGUCUGCUACGCCGGCCACUGCUCCGCCUCGUAGAAGACGACAGAGGAUGCCGGGGGUGGCCGGAGUCCCAAAAGCGCUGCAGCGCGAACAGGGCUGUAUUCACUGGUGGGCGAGUU